AUCCCUUUUCUUUUUAUUCACAGCUACUUUGCAACCUGAGCCCUUUCUCUCUCAAUAUACACUCCCUAUUGCAGAAUUCGUACAUUUAUUCAGAAACCCCUUUCUAGCUCCCGCCUCCAAGAACGCGCGCCUAAUAUUCCCAACUAUCGAAAAUGAAGGUUUCGAUCACCUGUGCUUUGCUUGCCCUUGGUGUCAUCCAGACGGCGCACGCUACUCCUGACAACUAUGCUGUCAACAACAACUACUGGGACGGCUGGGGUAACUGGGGUAACUGGGGUAAUUGGGGCAACGGCGGUGGUGGAAACUACUACACCACUGCGCCCAAUCCGUAUGCGACGACGUCUGUUCGCAACCCGUACGCAACUACCACGCAGAAGCCAUAUGUGACGACAUCCGUUCACAACCCGUACGCAACCACCACGCAGAACCCGUAUGCCACCACCACCCAGAACCCGUAUGCCACCACCACCCAGAACCCGUAUGCCACCACUACGCAGAACCCGUAUGCUACUACAACACGGAAUCCGUAUGCUACCACGACUGUAGCAUAUACAACCAGUGAGAAGUACAAUACCAAAAAGACAAAAACCACGAAGCCAUAUUCGACGGCUCCUGGUUAUACAACCACAUCUGCCCCAGUUUACGUAACAACCCCGUCUCCGUCGGCUCCGGUAUACGAGACCACCACUGCUCCGGUGUACGAGACCACCACCGCUCCGGUGUAUGAGACCACCACGGCUCCUGUCUACGAGACCACCACUGCUCCGGUGUACGAGACCACCACUGCUCCGGUUUACGAGACCACCACUGCUCCUGUCUACGAGACCACCACGGCUCCAGUGUACGAGACUACCACCGCUCCGGUGUAUGAGACCACCACCGCUCCAGUGUACGAGACCACCACCGCUCCAGUGUACGAGACCACCACUGCUCCUGUCUACGAGACCACCACUGCGCCUGUCUACGAGACCACCACUGCUCCGGUGUACGAGACCACCACCGCUCCGGUGUAUGAGACCACCACCGCUCCGGUUUACGAGACCACCACCGCUCCGGUGUACGAGACCACCACGGCUCCAGUUGUACGAGACUACCACUGCUCCGGUGUACGAGACCACCACCGCUCCGGUGUAUGAGACCACCACGGCUCCUGUCUACGAGACCACCACGGCUCCUGUCUACGAGACCACCACGGCUCCAGUGUACGAGACUACCACUGCUCCGGUAUACGAGACCACCACUGCUCCGGUGUACGAGACCACCACUGCUCCAGUGUACGAGACCACCACUGCUCCGGUUUACGAGACCACCACUGCUCCUGUCUACGAGACCACCACCGCUCCGGUGUACGAGACCACCACUGCUCCAGUGUACGAGACCACCACUGCUCCGGUUUACGAGACCACCACUGCUCCUGUCUACGAGACCACCACGGCUCCAGUGUACGAGACCACCACCGCUCCAGUGUACGAGACCACCACCGCUCCUGUCUACGAGACCACCACUGCUCCGGUGUACGAGACCACCACUGCUCCUGUCUACGAGACCACCACCGCUCCUGUCUACGAGACCACCACCGCUCCGGUGUACGAGACCACCACUG